AUGUGGAUUCUACCUCUGGUCGGCUAUCUAGGCCUUGCUCUUGGAUUCGCCUUCCUGACACUCGCCAUCGCAUCUGGCCUGUACUAUCUCUCAGAACUGGUCGAAGAACAUACCGUCCUGGCUAAAAAGCUCUUGACUCGGUUGAUAUAUCUGGUUGUCGCUUUUCAAAUACUGCUGGCUCUGUUCGACAAGUUUCCGCUUGGGCUUUCGGCUCUUGCUAUCGCCAGUCAUGGUGUUUACCACCAGAAUCUACGCCGCUUUCCUAUUGUCAAGCUUACGGACCCCAUCUUCUUGCUGUCUUGCGCACUCGUCCUUCUAAACCAUUGGCUCUGGUUCCGCCAUUUCUCUGCGCCGCCUUCGUCACCUCCCAGACACUACAACUACUACGCUCCGAACGAGUCCAUCCCAAGCUUUAGCGAAGUGGCUGCUUUCUUCGGCCUCCAGGUCUGGCUUGUGCCUUUCGCACUCUUCGUUUCGUUAUCUGCUGGCGAGAACGUCUUGCCGAGCAUGGGAAGUGAAUAUGCUACCGGCGCUGGAAGCAGUUUCAUCUCUGCCGGAAAGGAGCCAGACAACGCUGCAACUGCUUAUGCUUCGGCACCUGGUGUGCGCAGAUCGCGCUCCGGAACAAAUGCUGGUAUGGCCAAGGCUGCUGUCAAUGGUGUUCGCGAAUGGAUUGGUGAAACCGGAGAGCUCAUGGGUUUCUGGAGAGGCGAGCGAACGAGGCCAUUCUGA